AUGCGAAUACUGUCCGCAUUCUUUGCAGUUCUUUUUACCUUUAUCAAUCCUUGCAUGCUCUACAAAGUUGUCUCUGAAUUGGAAUCGUCAUUCUCCCAUCAUAUGUCGGAGAAGGUGCGCAUUCGCCUUCUGGAAUCCAUUUGCGCCUAUUUCAUCAACAACAAUCUCACCAGUCGCUUGCGCCUUGCCGUCUACGUGUCAGUGCUGCUAUUCUCAAUACUACAUAUAAUCAUGACCGGCUUGGCCCUGUAUGGCCACUACAACUGCCGACCUUCAUAUAUUCGACCAUUCAUUGUUGACGGAUUUAUUAGCUUUUUUAUACUCCUACUUUAUAUGGGUUUUUCUAUGAUGAUGUACAUUCAUUUGAACUCGAACGGAUCUGCCGAGGAGAAAGAACUCAUGAGAACACAGCUGAGGAACGUUUACGUCGCGGCAGCUUUCUUGUUAGCAUAUAUGGCCUGGUUAGUGGUGUCUAUUGCUGCUUACAUUGAUACAAAGAAACUUCGUGCUGAAUUCAUGUACUGGAUUGUUGAAGAGAAAAUCAGCAUGCGUUCCAAAGCAAACGCCUCUUCGGAAAGGUCA